CCAGGCCCUCGGCAACCUUGCUGAGCGCGACCCUCUCGUCGUGUCUGCCGGGCCCCGCCAGUCCUGCGCCCGCCGGCCUGCGCAUGGCCCCGGCGUCGCUCGGCAUGAACCCCGCUGGACUGCAGACGUGCGGCGGCGGGCGCGCGGGGCCCGGCCCGCUGCCCUUUAGCGUCGAGUCGCUGCUGGAGGCGGAGCGCGGGCUGGACUCGGAGCCCGAAGAGCUCCGGGAGGAGAGGCCACGGGGCACCGCGGAGCCCUGGGCCUGGUUCCCGAGGGCUGCCCGCUCGUCCUCCCCACGCGCCCCCAGCCCUCCACCCUGCACCCUCCGAAAACACAAGACCAACCGCCAGCCGCGGACUCCCUUCACCGCCGCGCAGCUGCUGGCGCUGGAGCGCAAGUUCCGCCAGCAGCGGUACCUGUCCGUCGCCGAGCGCGCCGAGUUUUCCAGCAGCCUGAGGCUCUCGGAGACGCAGGUCAAGAUCUGGUUUCAGAACCGCCGCGCCAAGGCCGAGAGGCUGCAGAACUCGGAGCUGGAGAAGCUCAAGCUGGCGGCCGAGCCGCUGCUGCCUGCCUUCGCCCUGCCCGUCGCCCUGGGCGCGCCCCUGCCUGGCUCCCCAGCCAGGUCCGCGAGCGCAGCCGGCACCCUGCCUCGGGUGCCGGGACUCCUCGCCGCGCCGGUCGCUGCCUACCGCAUGUAUUACCUGUCCUAGGUCAAGCGGGGAGGGAGGGCGCGGGCAGGGAGCUGCUGGCUUCC